GGUUCCAUACCACACAGUUAAUUCAUCACGAGCAAAUUAAAAAAAAUAGGUCCAGCUUGGUCGAGGAAGAGAGAAGAAGAAGACGACAAAAAAAGAGCCAUCGAAUUGAUCAUGUCGCGCUUCGUGCUGGACUCCAACAACCUGUGGCUGGUGGGCAACUCCGACGGCACGAUCUCCGUCCUCGACGGACCGGAUGUCGCUGACGUCAACCCCAAAGACGUGACCGGCGACGUGAGCCAAUGGCAGCAAACGGCUCGAAUCGGAACCAACACUGCCUCCACUCACCAAGAACUGGAGGUCUUCGGCGUCGUGUUCAGUGGCCAGAAGCUGGAAGAGCUGAGGAAGAACACCUACGACGACCAAGUCACCGUCACCAGAGAAGGUUUCAUGAUCCAGUGGCUCAACCCUAGCGGCGGAGAUAAGGGCCCCAAGGAAGGAAAUCCCUACCGCCGCCUCAACGAUCUCUUUGACUGGUCUAAGCAUGGUGUUGAGGUCCCCACUCCGGUUGCGACGGAGUGGGACCGGUACCAGCUUGGUACCGGGGAGCUAAUGGCGGAGGGCUCAGGUUUGGUAAACCUGGCGAAAGUCAUAGAGGAGCUGGAGAUGGAGAACCAGACGCUGCGGGAUGAGAAGGACUUGGAGAUCAGCGAGUUGAACAAGAAGCUGGCCGAGGGGAAAGGUGGCGGCGGCGGUGAUGAUAAUAAGUCUGCUGCGGACAAAGAUAAGGAGAUCGCCGUGAAAGAUGAGCAGAUCCGUGUUCUCAAGGAGGCGCUCAAACUCUUCCUCUAAUUAAUUAAGCUACUACUGUUCUGUACUUCCUUUCGUCCGGCGGCCGGCUCCUCCUAUUCCCUCAUCUGUUAUAUGUUCCGUGCGUAUUUGUUAUUAUUGUAUGUGUAUUCUGGCCGGCCGGCGGGUGGGCCGCUCGUUGGUUACUUUGUUGUGUACCCCAUGCAAUUUCAUAUGUGUGUUGUUUAAUUAAUUGGCACAUACUGAGUUGCCAAUUAAUGAAUAAAAAUUGAACUG